AUGGAUUACGUCGGGCUAGGCCGUAGCACCCUCGUACUUACUAUGCAUCAAUUUGUCCAUUUCGAUGCCCUCUGCUUUCUGAAUGUCCGCCGAACGCGAUCACACCAUGCUUUCAACCGGGCAGGUGGUGGCCCCGAUACCAUGGAAGCCCAUCGCGUGUUGCUCGAUAUUGCAAUCUGCACAUCUAAAAAUACUGCCGCUUCCUUUGCCCCAGGAUCGCUGUUUGAGGAAAAUAAUUGCUAUGAAAGGCCGGAAAGCUCAAGCGGCGAGGUCACUGUGCUUUGCGAUGAUUCUCGUUUGGCAGCCAAAGCGGAACUGCGCAGGGUACUAGAAAACCGAUACCGGGCAUAUAGGGCUUACGUCUGCAUGCACUCCACAACACUUGCGAACAUAUUGUUGUUGCUUUCCACGGAGCAACUGCAACAUCCUGCUGCCGACGCACAACGCAAAGUUGAAAACGAGAAUUGUAACCUCGUGGAACCCGUCUUGCGUCGCUGUUGUGGAACCUGCAGUGGCCUUGUUCCAGAAGCUCGAGCCUUACUUCUACGGCAAAUGAUAUGCCGAGAGCAUCUCCAAUAUUUUUCCACGUCGUUUUUAAAAGCUUCGACCUGCCGGCCUGAUAUUAUCGAGUCCUUUGUUGGCCGGAGCAGCGAGGCCAUGGGUUUAGAAACCACACUUGAUUUUGGUCGUCCCAGAGUUAGAAGAAAGAUCCAGCCUCAAACAUGUCUAUUUACCCUUCAGAUCACUAAGUGGAGAAUUGUGGUCAACCAUAUCCGCGGCAAGAAACUUAUCUGUUCGGACUCUUCAAUAUUUUCGCAUGUUGCUCCGUCGGCUACGAGUUGUCGGAUUUCUUGCCCAAAGCAACACACCACGUUGAGAAAUAAAAACUGGCCAAUGUACGGAUAUGGGAUGAUUCCUCACACUUCACCCCCAAUUAGCGAACCGCGGGACAAAUCUACUUUGCACUCGGUUGCUCGUCAAACCAAACAAAAGUCUUGUCUUGAGUAUUCAUCGUUUGACGGUGAGGGCUGGGCUUUAAAAACGCACGGCGUCGACGCAAAUCCUUGUGGCGCAGGAUUACCCUGGAAGUUGACGAAAUUAAGGUCCGUUUCGACCCAUCACGAAAGGUCACCAAAAUUCUCCAGGGCUGCGUCAUAUCGCCGAACAUGCAGCAUGCCUGAAAAUGGUAUUUUGUCACAUAAUGAAGAGUUAUGUGACAACCUGCCUUGGGACAGGCCACGUGUUUACGCGCUAGCGCGAAAUGAAACCCGCUUACCCCGUUGUGCCCGCCUCUUUUUGAAUUGUCCACAACAAAGAGCAACCAGUAAGCCGAAGGGCUCUACGAUGGGCUGCCCAAUAAACCUUGGGCUUGGCUCCACAAUACAUCACUGCUUUCAUGACUUAGCUAUUGGCAGGUUCUACGCGGCAUUGUUACGACCCGCCCAUGCCUUACAAACAUUUAUAGAGACUCGUAAGUGGUUCGAGAAGAAGCGUACAGAGUAUUCUAGCAUCGAGGGGAAGCUUGAUAAAGGAAUAUUCACUGUAAAUGACGUACCGAAGCCAAAAUUGGAGGAUCUUGAAAUUCUCCCUUUCUGUAUCUGUCCGGAGCAAGACUUCAUCGUGUGGGUAUACAUCGCCGGCUUCGAUCGAGUGAUCUUCUGCGAAGAUCUUCCAGAAAAGUUUCGGUGCUGCGAAAGUUUGUUUAGCGUUAAAGCCGACCUUGUUCCGACCAAAGCGCCAUUCUGGCCUGAACAAGAAGCCAUCAAUCAUUCGCCUCUAGGUCUAUAUACCAGAAUUUUUCGUCAGAAUUCGCAAGCGAGUUUGUUAAGGCGCGCAACAUCCUGCCUGAAACCGAUUCUCUAUUUCCGAAUGCAAGGCCGUGAUUUUGCAUGCAUGAACAGCAGUAGUCCGGCUGGACAUCAGACAGAGUUUCCGUCUAACUUCUUCAGCAGGUACCAUAUUGGGGGCAAACCUGCCAUAAGCACACCUAUUGCAACUUCGUAUUGGGUUCUGGACGCCCUCUCGCGCGAGACUUUCCAGCACGCAAUUCUCCUCACCAUUCAAAAGGCAGACUUGAAUGUCGGACUCACUUCAACACUAUCAUUCACACCCAAAGGCUCAACCUACUUCCUGGCAUCUAAGGGGCAUGAACUAGGAGAUGCGGUAGCUACAACAGAAUCUGGGGAGUCAUCCUCUGAUGAUACUCUAAUAAUCAAUCUAAGAUCGAUCCUCUACCAACGCCAGGCCAAGAUUCUUCGGAAUUUAUGCGGUUCGAUGAUGAAGAGCGAUUGUCCAGUGCCAAAAACGCAAGCCAUGUCUCUUAAAAGCCCACGAGAAACCCCGAAUAGAUAUCUAGAUCGAUUGUCGGGCUUCUCGGUGGCGAGACGUUUGCAUCCGACGCUUUCUAUAUGGGUGACCAUCUCAGUUUACUCCGUUGGCCAGGAGAAGCUCACCCAUAUUUCGAUCUUUCUCACAAGUUUGCCGACGGUACAGCCAGCUCUGCCCCUGGGCUCCAAUUCUCCUUCCCAAAAUUUCUCGCCAAAUCUCGACGACGAAUUGCGAAAGCUAGGUGCAGGCCCGUGGAAAGACUAUUCCCUAAUAGAGAGAGACAAAUGUCUAUUGACGAUAUGGCCGAUUGCGACAACUCCAACUACGAGCUGUUUGAUUGACUCGAAAGACGUGGCUGUUGUAUGUUUCCAGUGGCACGCAUUGCAUGACUUUGGCUUUGCUAAUUCCUCCAUUCGUAGCAUGGACUCAGGAUGUUUACUCUGCCAGCCCACGCGUAUAGGUAAUAUUCCGAAGAUUCAAAUGAAUACACAUAUGGUGUAUGGCCUUGGGGUUUCCCAUAAGCAGCAUGGGCACCACGGCGACAAGAAAUGCAGUAUUCUCUGGCCGAAACAGCCUUGGGAAGACACUUCAGAUGUAGAAUACCCGAACCACCUAUACAAACUACGGGUCAAGGACAUUAUCUUUGAGCAAUUUCCCAGUGUAUUCCUCCAAGAAGAUGUUUCCUUUGUUACACACUGA